AUGUUCCCUGGCCAUCCAGAUUAUAUCCUCUGCAAAGAGACCCAACAUGACCAAAAUGAUGUCAUUGACACUAGCUUCCCUACUCAAAUGGUGGCUAUAGAUCUUUGCUGCCUGUUAUUUUUGAAGGAGGCAACUCACGUUGGGGAUCCAGUGCCCACCGUCAUUGAAUGGACCAAAUUUCCGUCCAAGGCGGGCACCUUACCCUGGUUGACUCACAUCCAAUCAAUGCACUGGAAGGAAUUCCGCCAGGCUGCCUUAGUCUUCUUGUCUCAAAAUUGUGCAAACCUCUUCCCCGCGAUGCAAAAGGCCAACAACGCAAAGGAAAUACGCUGGUUUGGCUCAAUCUCCAACAUUCCAAGAUACCAACCUCCUCAUGGAAUUCUGCUCCAAGGUCACCUCAACUUCUUGGGAUUUGGUGCGGCAGCAUAUGCAGCUUACCCGGCAGAAGUCAAGAUCAGUUUGAUUAUGAACAACCUGUGUAAUGAUCCCUCAGGCAAUAUCAAGUACUCGUGGACUUUGGCUGAGGAUCACAUCAAGGUGUUAGCCUUGAUGUUGCUUGCCCAAUCGUACAAGAGGACCCUGGCCUCCAUGGCGAAUUCCGGCAAUGUAGAUGAGUUGGAAUCAUCGUUGGAUUCCUGCGAAAUGGACCUGGCGGUUGUGGCCUUCCCAGGGAAUCGUUUUGGUACCUCGGAAGAUCUGAUUGAUGAACGGGUCAAGCAUCAAAGAAACAACCCAAUCACCCCCUUGUACAGCGGCAGCGACAUUGAAUUUGCGGAUCUUCCCAAGAAGUUAUUUAGUCCGGAACUUCCAGACGGUCUUGAAGAUAAAACCACCAACUCCAGACUGUUGGCAAGAGUCCCCAGGACUCCCAUGGGGCCACCACGACGCGACAUGGACCAAAUGUCGAUGAAGACCUUUCUUUGGGUAGCCAACAUCUCCGAUGACGACUUGGAGACUUGCAAGCUACUCAAGAAGCACCAAAUCACGCAUUGGUCUUUCUUCCGGAGCUCAGACGAGGACGAUCUGGUUUCCCUUGGUUUUGCGGUUGGUCCAGCACGAUCACUCUGGGAGGGAGUGCCAAGAUUGGAGGAGUACGCGGAUGAAAUCAAGCGUACCCAUGACGUUGCUACCCCAUCACAAAUCAAUCAGAUGGAAUCCUGA